CCCGUAGACGGGAAGGAACAAGGACCCACCGAGACAAUCACAAGCUCUGUGGGACCGCCAUGGCUUCUGAUGACUCCGGGAAGAAAGAAGGUUGUUUCGAUGGUGACCGGACCUUUGAGGACGUAGGUCCGGGAGCGGGCAGAGGCCAACGCGAGAAGAGGCGUUCUUACAAGGAUCUGUUGAGGGAAGAAGAAGAAGAGAUUGAGGCUCAAGUCGGGAAGUCCUCCAAGAAGAGGUUGAAGGAUAGUGACCGCUCCUUCCUGGGGACGGACACUCACAAGAAGAAGAGGAAGCACUCUUCGGAUGAUUUCUACUAUGGAGACCUUUCGCCUCUGGAGCCAUCACAGAAGAAAAAGAAAAAGGCGGUCUCCAGCCCGCCGUCCACCGACACGGCCAUGGACCUGCUGAAGGCCAUCACCUCGCCGUUGGCCACGGGCUCCAAGCCCUCCCGCAAGAGCGGAGAGAAAUCCUCCUUCUCCUCCUUCAGUUCCUCGAGCUACUCGGAAAGCAAGAAGGAGCACCACAGGAGGAAGGUGAGCGGGAGCGGCGGCGAGCCCUCCGUAGACGACGGCGGCUACCACAAGUCCAAAAAAAUGAAGCCGCUGUACGUGAACACGGAGACGCUGACCCUGCGGGAGCCGGACGGCCUGAAGAUGAAGCUCAUCCUGUCCCCCAAAGAGAAGGGAGGCGGCGCAGCCGACGAAGAGGCCUUUCCCUACCCUCCCGCACAAGGCGCCGCCAAAAAAUCCUCCAGGAAGUCGGCGCGGGACGAGCAAGGGGCUCUCCUUCUGGGCCACGAACUGCAGAGCUUUCUGAAAACCUCCCGGAAGAAGCACAAGCCGAGCUCGGACCCGCACCCGCCGCCCCGUCCCGGCCCCGAAGACUUCAGGCCGGACGCCUCCCUCUUCCCGGAUCGGCACGGGGCCGACUACGAGCUCUCCGGCCUGGAACCGGGCCCGGAGUCGGCCUCCUCCUCGGGCGGGGAGCUGGAGGCCGGGGAACUGGUCAUAGAUGACUCGUACCGCGAGAUCAAGAAGAAGAAGAAGUCCAAGAAGAGCAAGAAGAAGAAGGACAAGGAGAAGCACAAGGAGAGGAGGCACUCGAAGUCCAGAAGAAGCGCCGGGGUCUCCUCCGGGGGAUCGGCAGGCGACGAAGUCGCCGGGGCCCCCGGCCCCCCGCCCGGCGCCCCCUCCUACCCCCUCGCCGCCCCGCCGCCUCCCCCGCCGCCGCCUGUCUUCCAUCCGGACGGGCAGAGUGAGAAAAAGAAGAGGAGAGAAGAGCGGGAGAAAGAGAAGGCCGAAAAAAUCGAAAAGCCGAAGAAGAAGAACAUGUCGGCCUACCAGGUGUUCUGUAAGGAAUACCGGGUCACUAUAGUUGCCGAGCAUCCGGGAAUAGAUUUUGGGGAACUUAGCAAAAAAUUGGCUGAAGUGUGGAAGCAGCUACCAGAGAAGGACAAGCUGGUUUGGAAGCAGAAAGCCCAGUAUCUGCAACACAAGCAGAACAAAGCAGAAGCCACAACUGUGAAGCGGAAAGCAGCUGGGCCGGAGGGCUCCGUGAAAGCGAAAGCCUCUCCUGUGGGAGUAUUGUCUCCCCACAAGAAGUCCCCGGCCAGCACUGUGGUAUUCUCUCCCUCACCAGCCAAAGUCCCCGAGACAGAGCCGAUCGACGUAGCGGCACAUCUUCAGCUGCUGGGGGAAUCCCUCAGCCUCAUCGGGCACCGCCUCCAGGAAACCGAGGGGAUGGUGGCUGUGUCCGGGAGUCUGUCGGUGCUGUUGGACUCCAUCAUCUGCGCCCUCGGGCCGUUGGCGUGUCUGACCACCCAGCUGCCCGAGUUGAACGGUUGCCCCAAGCAAGUCCUGUCAAAUACACUAGACAAUAUCGCUUACAUCAUGCCUGGACUCUGACAGCAAAGGCCUCCCCGUACCCCCCCGCCGGACAGAAACCUUCCUCUCCGCCGGUUCACGUCCGUACGGACUAUUCCGGGACCCCCCGUGGGGCUCCGGCUGUAGGUUUUUAAAAUUUUUACCAAAUGUAUAAUAUAUACAUAGGACUGUAACUCUUUUACUUUUAACGAUGUUCCGAAGAAUCGCCACCCUUCCGUCCGGAAUUCUCCACCGGAGGCCCGGUGGGGGGUUUUGUGGUUGUCGUCGGUUGUUCCUCCCGGGGUGGGUGAAUCUGCCUUAAAAAUCAAAGUAACUACGCGUCCGGGGGCGGGGGAGGCGACGGAGGGGAGGGUGGUCCGGGGCAGCCGAAGCCCCUCUUUUCCGCACCGGUUAAAGUCCGGUAGUUUUCCCGGCAGACUCAUCGACGACCCUUCAUAAAGUCCGAAGUGUAACAGGCCGGAAGGGAGCGAGGAGGGAUUGGGGAUUCCAAGCUCUUGAGGCCGCCACCGCGGGACUGGGCCGCAAACCUUUCCCGUUGCGUCCGUCGAGGGUUCCCGUUCCGACGCUUCGCGUGCCCGGGAGUGGCGAGGGGGGCGGAUGCUUCCGAGAGCGGAUCCACCCUUGGCAGGAGGAGAUGCCUCGUUGGCUGCCAACGCACCUCUUCUGGGCAGAAGCCUUGGUCUCCAGGGCCGCUAAUCUGGACCCGUCCGUUCCCCCCGUAGCACGGGGCGGGACGGGGGGGAUGUUCUUGCAGCCCCCCACAAGGAAAACCCUCAGAUUUCCCCUCCCGGUGCCCAGCACCACAUCCUAACACCCAACAAACGGGCCCUUCCAACCCCACUUUACACCGCGUCGGGACGAACAUCUCCUCGUCCUGCCGCUGUCGCAUCCGACGAACGAAAAACAGCAAAGACCCACGUGACGGCCAAAAAGUAGCCCCAGAUUCGUCCAAGUGGCCCACCAAGCUGCCCGGUGGCAGCGGAAGACGGGUGGUCUUCCGCCUUCCCCUCUGACGUGAGUCGCAGGAAAGCACUUGAUUUUCAUGUAGGGUUUAUAUGUGGGUGCGCGUCUGAUUCCUUUUUUUUUUUUUUAAAUAUAUGUAUUUAACUCGUAAUCUGUCGGAUUUUAAUUUAUCCUGUAAAUUUCUGUAUAGCUAAUUUAAAAACAAAAACCCCCACUAGCCACAGCGCGUGGAAGAUAAGGAUGGAUUAGCUGUUUCCCUUCCCUCCCGUCUCUUCCCCAUCUCCCACCCUCCAGCGUGCCCUGGGAUUCCUCACACCGCGGGCGUCAGCUCUCCCGAGGUCAGGUCGUGUUCAUUCAUUCGGUGGUAUUUAUUGAGCGCUCACCGGGUGCAGAGCACUGUGCUGAGCGCUUGGGAAGGGCCAGUGUCGUGCCGUCCCACGGAGGACGACGGAAACGGAAAGAGGCUGAGGCCUUCAGCCGGAGAUUUCCUCUCCGGGAGAGGAAAGGAUCGGGUUCGGUUUGGGUCUGCGGGACAUCUCGGCUUCCCGACGGGACGCGGUCCGUGGGGAAAGACUGGCUUUAUCCUACCUUAAUCCCCUUCCCGUGCGCAACAACGCGCUUGGAAGUGGGCUAGGUGAGGUAACGGGGGGACAAAAGCCGGGUGGAAAAUUUGGGAGAAAGCCGGGCGGGAGAGACCCAAAUUCCGGGGUGAUUCCUGGGCGAUUCUAAAACCGGAUUCCGAUUCUCGUUCAUCGGAGCGCGUUAGGGAGGGAACUGGAAGCUCUGAGCCCGGACACAGGAAACAGAAAAAGGGGACUUCUAACUCCGCCGUCCUUAUAACUAGUGAAAUAUUGGCGAGAGGGUGUUUUGUUUUUAAUCCGACCCCUAUGAAUUUGUAUUUAAGAUUUGUACACAUUUGUAUGAUAAUCGGCACCGUGUGGUAUUUGGUACUAGCAGAGAGGAAGCUUUGGACGGAGACCCGCGUACCGUUUUUAUAUCCUUUUGUUUCGUUUUCUUUUUUUUUUGUUUUUUUAAAUAAAUCCCAGUGGUUCGGUCCGGAUUCCAUUGCUGUUGUAUAAAGAAAUGAAAUUUUGUACUUAUGUAUUAAAAAGGAAAGAAACCAGCAUUUCGAA